AUGUUCAAUCCUACGAAUGUCAAUCUGAACACAGCCAGUACAGAAGAUGUACUGUGCUACCUCGCCAUCUCCGAUAAUGACUAUGAUGGUCACCUCGGUGCCCGUAUCUCAUCCAUCUUCGUGAUCCUCUUCGUCUCCUCCGCUUUUACCGUCUUCCCUGUUAUCUCUAAGAGAAUGCCAGGCUGGAAGAUCCCAUUCAGUGCAUACAUCUUCGCUCGCUACUUUGGAACUGGUGUCAUUGUGGCUACCGCGUUUGUUCAUCUUCUCGACCCGGCAUAUAAACGAAUUGGUCCGAAAACCUGUGUUGGUGAAUCUGGAUACUGGGCUGAAUACUCUUGGUGUGCGGCUAUUAUUCUGGCCUCUGUGGUUUUUGUUUUUCUGUUGGAUCUCGCUGCCGAGGUCUAUGUCGAGCAUAAGUAUGGUGUGCAAAGAAAUGAGGAUGCUACCAAUGUGUUUAUCUCGCAUGGUGAUCACACUCAUACAAUUGACGGACAGCCUGCUCCUGACUCUGAGAAGAAUGUAUCAGCACCUACCUCUGAUGAGACUCACACUGAGACUUGGGGCUCUGAGGGAGAUUCUAUCACUGCCGAACGCUCAUUCCGUCAACAAAUUGCCGCUUUCCUUCUUCUUGAAUUCGGUAUCAUCUUCCACUCUGUCAUCAUCGGUCUCAAUCUCGGUGUGACUGGCUCGGAAUUCUCAACUCUUUACCCUGUCCUGGUCUUCCAUCAGUCUUUCGAGGGUCUGGGUAUUGGUGCCCGGAUGUCUGCUAUUCCCUUUGGAGACCAUAAAAUGCUACCUUGGGUCCUCUGUGCAGUAUAUGCACUGACGACUCCCAUUUCUAUUGCGAUUGGUUUGGGAGUCCGCACCACCUAUAGCCCCGGCUCGAAGGUCUCUUUGAUUAUUCAAGGUGUUCUGAAUGCGGUCUCGGCUGGUGUUUUGAUUUACAGUGGUUUAGUGGAGUUGCUUGCGAGAGAUUUCUUGUUCGAUCCUUGCCGCACCAAGCGCCGCUCUCGUCUGUUGUUUAUGGUUGCCUGUACCUUGUUGGGUGCUGGUAUCAUGGCACUUAUUGGAAAGUGGGCUUAA